AUUAAAUACAAAAUAAAUUCCCACUAUGGAUAACCGUCUUCGAAGAACAAGAAAGAUGCAUUUCUACCCACCAGCACGUGCUAUUCUUUCAAAACCGACUUCCCCAGGGCACUACGAAAGCCCUUCCGAAAACCAGCUCUUCCGGCAAUCAGGUCCUGUUCCAAAACACAAAUUCUCCCCUGAGCCUUGGCCACGUAACCGAUUCCACCAAGGCGCCCCACAGGACAUGUUCAUCCUGAAAGGAGGCACUAAGAACUACUCAGAUGUCCCAAAGAAAGGAAGUGCUGUGCAUAACAAAGAUUACUCCAAUUUCUUCGGGAUGAAAGACCAGACUUCCUUCAGACACGUUAACGAAAAAGCUAGGUUUGGAGAAAAUGUGAUGAGGUUCUUUGGAACAGGGGAGGGCCUAAAGGAGAAACAGGAGAGAGAUAAGGAAACUGUGUUUGAAGCUAGUUCGAAGUUUACUUUUAGUAAGCCUGGGAAGGUGGGCAGGAUGAGUUUUGGGACUCUAGCGAGGAGGACUUUGCAGCAGGAGAGGAAGGAGUUUGGGAAGAUUACUAUGAGUUAUGAUGAGGCUUUUAGUACGGUUCAUGGAGGACAGACUAGGAAGUUAAUGAGUCCAAGUUAUGCGAGUAGUGGAAAUUUGUUAAAUAGAUAA